AUGAUUCUUGAUGGGAUGAAAGGGGGGCCCGGCGCCUGGUUAGACUCGACCCGGCGCCCGGCUGGCUCAGCGUCUGACGAGCCCGACCGCCGGUUAGACUCGACGUCGGAUUAA